UAUAAGCAGUUGGAAGAGGCCGACCCCUUCUUUCUCCAAACAAAAUUUCCAACAAGACAUCCGCUCUGUUUCUCAUUUUCAGAGAAGUGCACUGAGAUAUAUCACAACUUUCCAGAUCACUGCGAAACCAGAGAUGAUGAUGCGUCUUUGGAACAAGAAGCUGAAGCUUGCUACGCUUCUCAGCUGCACUGUUGGCUUCAUCGUUGUGGAAGGAAAUGAGUCGGAAGUCCAGAAACGUCAGUUGCUCAGCAUCGGGGGCAGCUCAUCCAUCGGACAAGCCUUGAACAACAUCCUCAAGGACGUUCCUGUGAUUUAUCUUGGACCUCCUUCCAACGGAAUCCCCACCAAAACUGUCAACCAGCCAGUCCAGAUCAAGCCACCAGUUUCGGUACGAAUCCCGUCGGUUGCAGACUUAUUUCGCUCGACCCGUGGAAAGUUUGGCGUCGCAUACUCCAAGGCACCUGACACGCCCAACCGCAGAAUUUGGCGAGAUGGGUUGGAUAUCAAGACCGACUACACAAACAAUGUUCCAGAAACUGGCAGGGUCGUCAAGUACACGCUCCAUGUCAGCGAAUCAACGAAUCUGGCUCCAGCGGGUGUCAAUGCCCCAUUCAUGAAAGUCUUCAACGGACAAUUCCCAGGACCCCUAAUUGAGGCCAACUGGGGUGAUGAAAUUGAAGUGCUCGUCAUCAACCACUUGGCAGUCCAGGGUACUUCAAUUCACUGGCAUGGCUUUGUACAAACUGACCGCAAUCGCUUCGAUGGCGUCAACGGAGUAAGCCAGUGCCCUAUUCCGCCAAACAGCCAAAUGCUGUACAAGAUACGAGCUGAACGCUACGGAACGACCUGGUACCACAGUCACACUAGUGUGCAAUACGGCGACGGCUUAUAUGGGCCGAUCGUCAUCCAUGGUCCUACUUCUGCCGACUGGGACGUAGACCUUGGCCCGUUGAUCCUAGGAGAUGCAUAUGACGAAAGUCAAGACGAACUUGUUAAGAAAUUCUUCAAGCAAGGACCUCAAGCUGCUUCUGCAACCUUGUUCAAUGGACGUGGCGUUCGAAGUGAUAGCGGUAAUCUUCGUGGCUCAUUCUACGAGAUCACACAGAAGGUCAAGUUCAAACGAGGAUACCGAUAUCUUCUGAGAUUGAUCAACGCGUCAGUCGACCAAAAGUUCCAAGUCAGUCUGGACAACCACACAAUGACCGUGGUUGCAUUUGACUUUGUUCCAGUCGAACCAUAUGAAGUCGAGACGGCCUUGUUGUCGAUCGGCCAAAGAAUGGAUGUCGUCAUCACGGCGACAGGGGUCGACGAUAUGUCAUACUGGUUCAGGGCAGAUACAUCAGAUAUGGCGACAGAUCGUGGGACGACAUGUGGCGACCUGAAUUUGUCCAAAGAACAGUCGAAGGCCAUCGUUCGUUACGUACAGGCAGACUCUUCUGACCCAACAACACAACCGCACACCUACACACCACACUGUUCUGAUGAGAUAAAUUCCGACAAGGUCGUCCCGAUGGUACCUCUGACACUCCCUGCUCCUGCUCAGGAUCAAAUCUACAAGAUCGCAUUCAAAUUGGUGGUCAAUGCUUCCGGUGAUAUCAACUUCCUCGCAGACAACUCCUCAUUGUUUCUUGACUGGUCGCAUCCAUCUCUUGGCUUUGUCUACGAUCGAAUCACCGAAUUUCCCCGACCAUUCAAUGUGUACGAGCUGAAAGGCGAACCUACCGACACGGUGUUGAUUGUCCUGCAAGACACAACUGGAAUACCACACCCAAUCCAUCUACAUGGUCACGAUAUGUCUAUUGCUGCACUUGGAACUGGCACCUGGGAUGGCAAUUUCGACCUGGACAACCCACCACGCCGAGAUACGGUUCAGAUGGAUGCUGGGGGACAUUUGGCUAUGCACUUCCGUCUCGACAACCCAGGUCUUUGGCUUUUCCACUGCCAUAUCGCAUUUCAUGUAAGUUCUGGGUUUGGCGCUCAAUUUGCGGAGCAAGCCAAGGACAUUGAUGCAGGCUUCGACGAGCUCGAAGAGCAGGGCGCUUUCCGAAAGCUGUGUGCUGUGUGGGACAAGUGGAAGCAAUACAAUUCUAUCGUCCAAAUCGAUUCUGGUGUGUAAGGUAGCCUUACGUACUACCCCCACGACUUGAAGUAUUCCUAUUCAGACAGUAUGCCGCCCAUGACUAUCAGAUCUUUACCAGCGCUGCAA